GCCGAUCAAAUAAGCCCAUAUCUCUGUUUUUCUUCCGUAUAAAGAAGAUCAGAAAUUGUAUGUGAUUUACAGAGUGACAAAAUCAAAAGACCUAACUUUGGUUUCCUCCGCGUCAAGUUAAUAAUCUUACAAGAAAAUCAAUUUGUCACUGAUGGACCAUCCCAUGGACUCCUCUGCUGAAGUGAACAUUGUGGAAGAGAGUCACAAGCUGGUUGACUCAUUGGACAAGCUUCGUGUUAGUGCUGCGAGCUCUUCCUCCAAUUUCAAGAAGAAGCCUGUCAUUAUCAUUGUUGUUGGAAUGGCUGGCAGCGGAAAAACCAGUUUCCUUCAUCGUUUGGUCUGCCAUACCUUUGAUUCGAACAAGCGUGGGUAUGUGUUGAACCUUGACCCUGCUGUUAUGUCUCUACCUUUCGGUGCCAACAUCGACAUAAGGGACACUGUCAAGUACAAGGAAGUUAUGAAGCAGUAUAAUUUGGGGCCUAAUGGUGGUAUCAUGACUUCUCUCAACUUGUUUGCUACUAAAUUCGACGAGGUUGUCUCUGUGAUAGAGAAACGUGCAGACCAGCUUGACUAUGUCCUUGUGGAUACUCCUGGUCAGAUUGAGAUCUUCACCUGGUCUGCUUCUGGUGCUAUAAUCACUGAAGCUUUUGCGUCAACCUUCCCAACUGUUGUCACCUAUGUGGUUGAUACUCCACGUUCCACAAGCCCGAUCACUUUUAUGAGCAACAUGCUCUACGCUUGUAGUAUCCUCUACAAGACCCGGCUUCCUCUUGUCUUGGCUUUCAACAAAACUGAUGUGGCAGAUCACAAGUUUGCUUUAGAGUGGAUGGAAGAUUUUGAGGUGUUUCAAGCAGCAAUACAGUCUGAUAACUCAUACACAUCGACCUUAGCUAACAGCCUCUCCCUCUCACUCUACGAGUUUUACCGGAAUAUAAGAUCUGUUGGCGUUUCUGCAAUCACUGGUUCUGGAAUGGAUGACUUCUUUAAAGCCAUUGAAGCAAGUUCUGAUGAAUACAUGGAAACCUACAAGGCUGAUCUUGACAAGAGAAAGGCGGAGAAGGAGCAGUUGGAAGAAGAGCGAAGGGAAAAGGAAAUGGAGAAACUGAGAAAGGAUAUGGAGAGUUCUCAGGGAGGGACUGUGGUUUUAAACACUGGUUUGAAAGAUAAAGAUGCAGCGGAGAAGAUGAUGGUAGAGGAGGAGGAUGAUGAGGACUUUAAGAUUGAAGAAGACAGUGAUGAUGCCAUUGAUGAGGAUGAAGAAGAUGAAGAGAUGAAUCGUUUCUACGUAUAAGUUAAAACUUUAAAACCAAAUCUUUCAGACCUUUAUCAAGUUGCUUCAACUGGUUUUGUUUGUGUCCUUGCCUUGUUUUCCCCUGUUGUGUAGUUAAAACCAUGGAAUUGAAUCUCUUUGUGAGACAUUGUCUAAUGAUCUAAUGACUAUUAUAAACUA